GGCAGUUGACACGCGCCAGACUUCUCGUUCGUUUAAACGUGUGUCGUACGUGGCGGAGUAGAACGCUAUUGGCGACACGCCGGUGUCGGGCAAAUUAGGAAUAAAAUCCCGCGAACGAAUUUCUCUCACGACUUCGGCAAAGUUAUCGUCGUAGUAUCGACUAACAACGAAAUAAGAUACCACUGUCGGUCGCUGUUCACUGGAAUCGAUAAUAGAUAUGCACACAAUAAUAGAUACGCGAUGCACAACGUAACUUGAUAUUACGUGAAAGAAAGAGAGCUGUCCAACUGUUUCGCCGGUUUUUUAAACAUGAUCGGUGUGUUCAAUUUUCUCUUCCAUCAGUAUAUUACUUGUCAAGCAAUAUCAAAACCGGAACGCGACAUGCUGUGUCGUCGAGUAUCGUGAUGUCAUUUACAAUCAUAUAAGAAAUUUUGUCAGAAAAAAAGCUUGUAAUUAUAGUUGACGAUUUUCGUUACGACGUCAUUGGUCAUGAAAUUGUGAGAUAAGAGGAGCAAGAAAAACGUAACCAGAGGAAGAAGACAUCACAGUGGAACCAAUAAAAGCAGUGAAAGUUUUCUUGAAUUCACUCUUCAUCGCGGAGCAAUCAUUACUACCGUGAGAAGCAAGUCUAAAUGUGUUCAAUAGCGAUGCCAACUGAAUUGCUCCUAGGGCAUAGCCCUCCAGUAUAUAAUCCUCUGCUGUAUAGUCCUUUGGUGGUCACAGCACCGUCGAUUACCAAUAGGUCGGUGCCACCUAGAAUUAGACCAUGUCUUUCUUCGGGAUCGUUGACUUUGGAUGCGCUGCGAAACAACAAACAGAAGAAACGUGUGGUAUUCGCCGAUGAUCGCGGUCAUCCACUUACUCAGGUUCGUAUGAUGUCAGAGCCAAGUAACAUGCCACCAUUAUGGAGUACGGCUUAUGUUACUGGAUUAACCGGCGAUUUGCUACGCACGUCAAAGGAGAAUCAGGACACAGUGCAGGAUGUUACGCCACCUUGGCAGGUGACUUUUCCACAACCAGCGAGCGAUUACCUUGCCUUUCGUCGUAAACUUGAUCAGGAUAACGUUAGCCUAGAGAACGUAAUCGUGCGCGAGUCUGAGCAGUGCUUGGUGGGCACAGUGAAAGUCAGGAACUUGGCCUACGAUAAAGAGGUCGUAGUGAGGGUUAGCAACGACUAUUGGUCCACCCAUGAGGACGUGCAUUGCACAUAUGUAGAACAGCCUGGGACACCGGCCCUCAUUCUCUAUGACACCUUUCGUUUUCGAUUGACGUUGCCGGUAGCAUCGAAUGUAGUUGAGUUUUGCGUACGAUACCGUACCGACGGUAUAGAAUCGUGGGACAAUAAUGAUGGCAAAAAUUAUCUGGUUCGCAAGAAGCAAGAGCCUCGAGUAUUGGUCAAACGAUUCGACACCUCGUCGAUAACGUGCAAUGGAUUUUCGAAUAAUAAUGAAACAAGGGAUGGCGUUCAGCGUGUCACGGAUGCCACUAGGAUGAACAUGCGUACCUGGAGUGAAUUUGCGUCUUGGCAUCAUCUGGCUAAUGACGCUCCUUAUUGGUGAAUUUGUUGGAGAGACUGCCUCCUUAUCAAUACGUUGUACGAAACUGUACGCAAAUUCCUCCACUUACUUCUCCGGUCUUUAAUUGUUGAGACGUAAAUCAUGCGGGAUUAUGGGAUGUCUCGUGACGCAUACGUCAGAAGACACGGAAAAGAUGAAUGCGAAACGAGAGAAAAGAAGUUAUGCUCAAUAAUUUAAUUGAGAACGAAGAAUGAGAGCGUGAUAUGGGAAAAAGCACUCGACGAAAGACGAUAGCGAACGCAACGAACGAAUGCACAGAUAAUCUAAUCUAUAUGAACAGUGACUCGUUUUUUUGAAACGGGAACAGUUAAGGACCGAUCUCGCAGCGGAAGGCCAAAAUCCGCAACUAAUGGUAAUAAGACUUUGGAUGUCCUCCAAUCAUUUCAGGAAAAUCCUCAUUUGUCCGUAUCAAAAACAGCACAAGCCCAUGAUAUCAGUAAAGAUAUUGGAGUGACGAAAACCCACAUUGGAUGAGUGAUCUUCGCACACAAUAUCCACAAAAAUUAAAUCUUUGGACAGAGAUUUGUAGUCGCGGUAUUAUAGGCCCAUUUUUCAUAGAUGCAAGAUGCAGUAGGACCUCAUUUUGCGGUACGAGUUCGAGAAUUUUUAAACCAUUCUUUUCCUAAUCGAUGGAUAGGUAGGAGAAGUGCCAUUGAGUGGCCUGCUGGAUCACCUGAUCUAUCUCCUCUUGAUUUAUUUUUUUGGGGACACAUCAAAACCUGCAACACAAAGAAGCAUAAUGAGACUUAAAAAUGAUGGACUCGAUAGAUUUAAAUACUUACAAGAUAAUUUGGAGUUGAUUACACUUCUUUCUACAGAAUAUAUUUAUUUAAAAGGAAAUGAAGUGUUUUUGGUUUUUAAGAGGUAGAAAGUGAUUAUAGUAUAAGAAAAAGAAUUGCUCUUUCUUUUCGUGAAAUGGA